GACAGCUGUCACUUUGUGCAAUUCAACGAACUUGAUCUAAGUAUUUCAUUAUAUAGUUAUAUUUAUGAAUGUCUAGUAUUUAUAAAAGUGAUACUGCCUGUAUACCAUGUCUGCUAUGAUAACUGCUGAUUGGUUUACGUUGGGAAGGGAUGUAUAUUAUAGGAAAUAUGAAUUAUACUGUAUGGGGUGGCAGAAUGAAAUAAACUUGAAUGAUAUGAUGCUUUAUGCUGCACCAUAUGGCGGACCAAUAGCUUUAAUGAGAAAUUACAAAAAGAUUAUAAGAGUGCAAGGCUCUACAAACCCAAUCAUCUACAUAUACACAUCGUCUGGCCAGAAAAAUGCAUCAAUAGUGUGGAGCGGUAGCAAUAUAAUUACAUUAGGAUGGUCAGAUGCAGAAAAAUUAAUUUGCGUUCAGGAAGAUGGAAAUGUGACAUUGUAUGAUAUAUUUGGAACAUUUUUGCAUACAUUCAGUAUGGGUACUGAAGCAAAAGACUUAAAAGUGAAAGAUGCAAAAAUAUUUUUAACGAAUAGUGGAACAGGUGUAGCUGUGAUGACAUCAGCGUGUAGAAUUUUUAUUAUUAAUAAUAUAGAAGAACCAAAGAUUAGGAAACUACCAGAAUUGCCUAGUAAUUAUUUAGGUAGUAAAGCAACAUUAUAUUGGACUGUUCUAUCCGAGGACAGAAAUACUAUGGCUAUUGUCUCAUGUGGACAUGAGAUUUAUGCUUUAUACCAAGAUAAAGAAUUGCCUUUGUCAAGAGAAUUGAAUUUAUCUACUGAAUUUACUCAUAUUUGUGGUAUGGCUGUGUCUUUGAAUAAUAAACAUAUUGCAAUAUAUACAGAUUCUGGAACUCUCUGGUUAGGAUCCUUGGAUUUGCAGAAAGGGUACUGUGAAAUUAAAAUUGAUGAACCUGAUGCCAUACUUCAGCAAUUAGUCUGGUGUGGUACAGAAGCUGUCAUUGGUUUGUGGUCCAAUAUUUUAUAUGUUGUUGGAAGAAAUGGUGAUGUUGUACAGUAUCCUUAUGAUAACAUUCAUUUGAUUCCUGAAAUUGAUGGAGUACGAAUGAUAUCAGAAGCUAACCAUGAAAUGAUACAGAAAGUUCCCAGUGUUGUGCAGCAGAUUUUCAGAAUUAAUAGCACAGAUCCGGGUUCUUAUCUCUUGGAGGCUUCCAAACAGUUUCAGCGUCGAAAUCAUAGAGCUGAUGAAUAUAUAACUCUAGUUAAAGAUCAAUUACCUAAGGCAGUCGCGCAAUGCUUAGAAGCAGCUGUUCUAGAAUUUGAUACUUCAACGCAAAAAAUGCUUAUAAGGGCUGCAUAUUUUGGAAAAGGUUUCAUAAAUGGUCAUUCACCAAAGUCAUAUGUUGAAAUGUGCAGAAUUCUAAGAGUACUAAAUGCAGUGAGAGACAGACGAGUCGGGAUUCCGCUAACAUAUACGCAAUUUGAAUGCCUUACAGCCCAAGUGCUUUUGGACAGAUUAGUAUUGAGAAAACAUUAUUAUUUAGCAAUUCAGAUUGCAAAAUAUUUAAAACUGUCUGAAAAAGGAAUAUUAGCACACUGGGCACGUCAUAAGGUGAUUCAAUCAAAAGUUCCUCCUGAAAUUGUAGCGAAAGAAAUUGCUGAAAAAGUAAGCCAUAAUCCAAGAGAAUUUUCUUUCUGGCACAUUGCAAAGUAUGCUGCUGAUAACGGCAGGAAGGAUUUAGCUAUAAAGCUUCUGGAUCAUGAAGUUUAUGUUGAGAAACAAGUAUCAUUGCUAUUAACUUUAGAUCAAGGUCAAUCUGCAUUAAUCAAAGCAAUUGAAAGUGGAGAUACCGAUUUAGUUUAUGCUGUGAUAAUUGAUAUUCAGAGUAAAACAUCAUUAUCUAAGUUCCAGAUGAUAAUUCGUAAUUUUCAAGUUGCGCAAAGUCUGUAUUUAAAAUAUUCACAAGGAAAAAAUAGAGAAGCAUUGCGUGAUAUAUACAUUCAAGAAGAUGAUUAUAACUCCCAAGCUGCUUUGUAUAUUACUGAAAGCUUAGAACCCAAGAAUUCAACAACAAGAGACACAGUUUUAUCUGCAGCCCAGGAAGCUUUUAAGAAAGCAAGGAAUGAAAUUGGAGUUACUUUGUGUGAUGAAACAAGAAAAUUAUAUAAAUACCAAAGAAGGCUGGAGGAAAAAUUUGAACGCAGCUUUAUGGGACUGUCUAUACAUCAAACAGCAAAGGCAUUACUGAAAUUACAACAGAUCAAGCUUGCUGACAAUUUCAAGUCGGAAUAUAAAAUUCCAGAUCGAAGAUACUGGUGGUUACGCAUAGAAAGUUAUGCAGAAAAUGAUGAAUGGUCGGAAUUAGAAAAAUUUUCAAAGGCUCGGAAAAGUCCUGUGGGUUAUGAGCCUUUUAUAGAUGUGUGUUUGAAAUAUAAUAAUAUAUUUGAAGCUCAGAAAUAUGUUUCCAGAUGCAAGGACGAUUUGAAAGUGAAAUACUAUGUUAAGCUCAAAAUGCUGGAUAAAGCAGCUCAGAUAGCAUUUGAACAGAAAGAUGUUCAGAGUCUACUGUUUGUCCAAGCUCAUUGUGGUACUUCGAAUAAUACAGUUGCUGAGCUGACCAAGAAAUAUAUAGAACAGUUAGCUGCUAAGUAAAUAAAAAGUAAUGUU